AACUGAGCUCAGUGCACACAUUUCCGGCUGGCUCAUUUUGAAUGAUGUACACAUUUCCGCGAGUGGGGAAACACAGUUUUAUGUGGAUUCUGGCGUCCACUAGUUUUUAUUUAAAUGGAAAGGCCUUUCUCUUUUAUUUGCGAGCGGAGCGGGUUAGAUUUGGUUGCACUUGCGAGUGGGUGAAACGAGCGGACUCUGGCUGAUGAAGCUAUGCCGAAUUAAAAAGAAAUUAAAAAUGAAAAUCUCAGCUUUAAAUUUUUCCCAAAGUGUCAGUUCAGUGAUGAGAACAAAGAAGCAGAAGAGAAAGAAGCGGUUGUCAGUUUUGAAAACAGAUGCUUCAGAUUCUGUUCUUAGCCCUGACAGUGUAGUGGCCUUACAGUGUUCUUUGCUACAAGCUGGCAGGCCUACCCUUAAGAGACUGAAAAGAAUGCCUAUGGGAAGACUUCUGACUGGACAUGAAAGGUCUGAAAAUGGAAAUAAAGACAAUAGUAAAAAACACAAGCCUGCUGUUGUGAAUGGUUAUGCAAAUGAUGAUCACAAGAAUGAAGACACUAUUAUGACCAAUGGCUUUGUUGGUAGCGAGGAAUCCAAAACAUCUUUGGAAGAACGGGAGAAUUUAGAUAGUGAUCCGGAUGUGGAUUCAAACUCGUGGCAUCCCUACUUGAAGUAUUUAGCACAGAAUGGGAGUGUUACCGGUGACAAUGUGGAAUAUGUGGCUCAGGAUGAGGACACUGAACCAAUACGUGCUUCUUACGUUGCUGCAGUGAAUGCUGGGAAGGGAAGAUGCAUGGUUGUUAUGGCUCCUUCACAGAAACUGACAUUCCGAGGAAAGUGUCAGCUGGCUUGUCUGUAUGGCAGCGUGCAAGUGUUUGGAUUCAGUAUUAACCCUGCGCAACCUCCGUACGAUCUCUUUUCUCCUUCAUCUCACUGCCCAUUGACGAUUGAAGCACUGGCACACAGCAGUCCUGGCAAGACGAAAAAGGAGCUGAGAAUGAGGGGCAAAGCAGUCAUAAAGGAACACCUAUCUCGAGCUGAUCGGCAGUUGCUGUUGAAAGACUUCAAUUCUCGCUAUUCUAUUCUGCUCUUAGAAGAUGUGGAGACUCUGGCAACUAGUUUCAUCUCUGGCUUUCCAGAAUUUAAACAUUUGUUCUCUGUCAGAUUGAAAGAGCGAGAUAAGUCUGGCUUGGAAUUGGACAAGUCUCCUUUGGCCUCAGCAGGUGUCCUUCAGGUUUCUGCUGAUGCUGGGUUGAUUGUAUCUGAGAGUGGUGCACUGGCAGUUGAAGCACUUAUCGAGGCUUGUGUUGAGGAUGAUAAUGGGUGUCCGGUGAUUAUGGUCUGUGGAACAAAGUACAUUGGGAAAUCUACAUUUACCAGAUAUAUUAUCAACUCAUUGCUAAACCACAUUCCGUGUGUGGAGUACCUUGAGUGUGAUGUUGGACAGACAGAGUUCACACCUCCUGGAUGCCUGUCGCUAGUUAAGGUCACAGAGCCCCUUCUUGGUCCUCCCUUCACCCACCAGAAAGUGCCCCACAGAAUGAUGUACUAUGGUGAGGCAUCAUGUGAGCGGGAUCUGCAGCACUACAUUGAGAUCAUAAAGUCUUUAUGGUGCUCUUACAAGAGAGAGGUGCCUUUAGUAAUCAAUACUAUGGGAUGGGUUAAGGGUUUUGGCUUGAAAAUUCUGGUUGACCUGAUUCGACUGUUGUCGCCCACCCAUGUUGUUCAACUUGGUGCGAGAGACCGCCAGGAUAUGCCACAGCUUACCCCAGAGUAUGUUUGUACUGCACCUGGUUGGCAUACAAAAGGCAAGCCACAAGGCAAAGGCAUUUACAUGAAGCAGAACCAAGCAGAAGACUCUGAACAGGAAAGAGACGAACCAGAGGGGGACCUCAGUUUUUAUUCAGAGUCUUCAGGUCACCAACUCUUAAGUGUACUGUCUGAGUUCAGUAAUGCCGGAGAUGCUAAUAAUGCGUCUUGCCACAGCAACAUAUUAAGAGAUAUGGCAACUUUGGGAUACCUGAGUCAGUUGCAGCCACUGGGACCAGGCCACUUACUGCCUUUGCACAGCCUCACACCAUUUCAGGUACCUUUUCAUGCAGUGGCAGUGAGGGCAGUUCACUGCCAUGUUUCACCUACUCACCUGAUGUACACCCUUAAUGCCAGCCUGGUUGGUCUUUGUAGGAUACCUGAUGAUUUUGGAUCUGAGGUUGACAGUGCUGUUUUCCUUUCUCAUAAUCCUGUAUGCGAGUGCUUUGGCAUUGGAAUUGUUCGAGGAAUUGACAUGAAGAGGAAGCUUUAUUACAUUUCAAGUCCCAUUGAUGUGGAAAAGCUCCGGCUGGUAAACUGUUUUUUGGUGGGUAGUGUCUGCAUACCUGCAAUGGUCUUCAAGAACCAGGUGAGUGAAGAUUAUGAAAGAGUAAACAGCUAA